CACUUCCGGCGGGCGGGGCGGCGUAGAGCGGAAGUGCUGAGGCCUUGGCUUUAGAAGGCCUGUGGUUGCUGCUGCUGCUGCCGCUUUAGCGUACGGGAGAGAAGAACUCAAAAGUUCCGCGUUUAUUGCUUUGUUUGAGUACUUUUAUUUGAAGACGAGCGGCUGUAGUCGGCUGGCGUUUUAUCCACGAAGGUUUUGGUUUUCUUUACGAGAGGACGAUUUGAGUUUUUACCCCCCAGUCUUUAUUGGAGACACGCCGCUGGUACGCCUGCCCGGAUAACUGUUCGAGCCGUGCAGCGGCCACAUCCCCGUUACGGAGGCUGGCUGGCACGCAGGUGCCUCCUUUAGGAGUGUUUUUCACAUUUUUCAGUCCAAGCUGAGAAGCGGAGCAUGAGCCUUCCUGGCAGGCGUCAACCUGCCAAGUUCAAGAGCGGCUACUGAAGAAGGGCGAGCACCGCGGGGCAUGGCUUCCGAGGAGGCCUCGUUGCGAGCUUUGGAGAGCUUGAUGACGGAGUUCUUCCACAGCUGCACCACAAAUCAGCGCAAGAGAGAGAUCGAGGAGCUCCUGAACAACUUCGCCCAGCAGAUCGGAGCCUGGAGGUUCUGCCUGUACUUCCUGUCCAACACGCACAACGAGUACGUCAUGAUGUACAGCUUGACGGUGUUUGAGAAUCUGAUCAAUAAGAUGUGGAUGGGUGUGGCGUCCGAGGACAAAGUGGAGAUCCGCACCUGCCUCCCCAAACUGCUGCUCUCCGAGCACAAAGUGCUGCCGUACUUCAUACGCAACAAGCUGUGCAAGGUGAUCGUGGACAUCGGCAGGCAGGACUGGCCCAUGUUCUACCACGACUUCUUCAGCAGCACCCUGCAGCUGAUCCAAUCUCCUUCUACAUGUGCACUUGGUCUAAUACUGCUGAAGACCACUUCAGAAGAACUGGCGUGCCCCCGGGAAGACCUCUCCGUGGCCCGUAAAGAUGAAUUACGCAAGUUGCUGCUGCAGCAGGUGCCCACUGUGCUUGGCCUGCUUUCAGGAAUUUUGGAGACGAUCUGGGAGAAGCACAGUGUGACCGCUGCGACGCCACCUCCUUCUCCGACGUCGGCCAAUGGGGACAAUUUGAACAAUUUGCUCCAAGGCCCUUACUACUCUAAGCUGCUGUCUCAGCCUGUCCCACUCCUGGAUGGCGAAAGUGAGCACCUCUGCUCCUUGGCGUUGGAGUGCUUGGCCCAUCUCUUCAGCUGGAUCCCCUUGUCCACCAGCAUCACGCCAUCCCUGCUGGCCACCAUCUUUCACUUUGCUCGCCUGGGCUGCGACGUCCGUGGCGGAAGAGGCAAGAGCAAGUCGGGGGGCGGCCUGUCUCUGAACGGCGGCACGUGUCUCGCGGAUGGAGAUGGCGCUCUCGAGCAGUCACGCCUGGGCAUCCUGGCCAUGACCUGCAUCAACGAACUCAUGUCAAAGAACUGUGUGCCCUUGGACUUUGAGGAGUACCUCCUGCGAAUGUUCCAGCAGACCUUCUUCUUGCUGCAGAAGCUGACCCGAGACAACAACGCUCACACGGUCAAGAGCAGACUGGAGGACGUCGAUGACAGCUACAUGGAGAAGUUCACGGAUUUCCUGCGGCUCUUUGUCAGCGUCCACUUGAGGAGGAUCGAGUCGAAUGCCCAGUUUCCUGUGGUGCAGUUUUUAGAGCUGCUCUUCAAGUACACCUUCCAUCAGCCCACACAUGAAGGGUACUUCUCCUGCCUGGACAUCUGGACCAUCUUCUUGGACUACCUGACGACCAAAAUCAAGAGCCGCCUGGCCGACCGAGACACGGUUUUAAACAGGUACAGAGACGCCUUGGUGCUCUUGCUCAGGGAGGUCCUCAACCGAAUCCAGUUCCGCUACAACCAAGCCCAGCUGGAGGAGCUGGACGACGAGACCCUUGACGAUGACCAACAGACAGAAUGGCAGCGUUACCUGCGGCAGAGCUUGGAAGUGGUGGCCAAAGUCAUGGAGCUUCUCCCGUCGCACGCCUUCUCAACGCUGUUUCCCGUGUUGCAGGAGAAUCUCGAGGUGUACCUCGGCCUGCAGCAGUUCAUCGUCACGUCAGGCGCGGCCCGGAGACUGAACAUCACAGCAGAAAACGACUGCCGGCGCCUGCACUGCUCCCUGCGGGACUUGAGUUCGCUGCUGCAGGCCGUUGGCAGGCUGGCAGAGUAUUUCAUCGGAGACGUCUUCGGAGUUCGCUUUAACGACGCCUUCACCGUGGUGGACAGACUCGUGGAGGUGACGUGCUACGCCUCGCAGGUCAGUCUGUAUGACUUGGAAACGGCUGUGCCCUCCGUGCUGAAGCCUGACCUGAUUGACGUCCACGCCCAGUCCUUGGCCGCCCUGCAGGCCUACUCCCAUUGGCUGGCGCAGUUCUACAGCGAAGUGCAGCGACAGAGCCAGGCGCGUUUUUUGUCUCUGGUCACCACCGCCAUGGACUCCAUCGCGCCCAUCAUCAGCUCCAAGGUGCCAGAGAAGUUGCUGCUGUCGGCGUGCCAUCUGCUUGUGUCGAUCGCCACGACGGUGCGGCCCGUGUUUCUGGUGACACUGCCAGCUGUGCAGAACAUCUUCAACCUGAUCACCGACACUUCGGUGCGGAGGCUUCCUCCAGAGGCCCGGGUGUUGGUGUGCAGGGCACUGAAUAACACGCUGCUCUUACCGUGGCCCAACCUGCCGGAGGGCGAGCAGCAGUGGACCACCCGCUCCAGCAAUCACGCCAGCCUUCUGUCCGCCCUGACACGGGACUACCGACUGCUCCGUGGCAAUGCCAGCCUGCAGCACCGCAGGAUGGGCCCUGAAGACAUGAAGACCCUGGUGCAGCAGACCCUGCAAGUCCUCAAAGACAUCGUGGAGAGCAUCUCUGGGGAGUCGACCAAAUCGCGGCAGAUCUGCUACCAGUCGCUGCAGGAGUCCGUGCAGGUCUCCCUCGUGCUCUUCCCGGUCUUCAUACAUCAGCCAGACGUCACGGACGAGAUGCUCACCUUCUUCCUCACUCUGCUGCAAGGCCUGAGGGUGCAGAUGGGGGUUCCCUUCACUGAACAAAUAAUUCAGACCUUCCUCAACAUGUUUACCAGGGAGCAGCUUGCCGAGAGCAUCCACCACGAGGGCAGCGCCGGAUGUCGGGUGGUCGAAAAAUUCCUGAAGAUCCUGCAGGUUGUGGUACAGGAGCCCGGCCAGGCCUUCAAGCCCUUCCUUCCCAGCAUCAUCUCGCUGUGCAUGGAGCAGGUGUACCCGAUUGUGGCCGAGAGGCCAUCGCCGGAUGUGAAGGCCGAGCUCUUCGAGUUGCUCCAUCAGGUGUUGCACCAUAACUGGAGGUACUUCUUCAAGUCGUCGGUGCUGGCCAGCGUGCAGAGGGCCGCUUCGGAGGAGCCCAUGGAGAAUGAAGCGCAGUUUAUUGCCAUAAUGCAGGCUUUUGGGCAGUCGUUCCUCCAGCCAGACAUCCACAUAUUCCGACAGAACUUGUCUUACUUGGAGUCCCUGAACGGCAAACAGAAGCUGUACCACAAGAAGCUCUUCCGCACCUCCAUGCUCUUCCACUUCAUCAACGUGCUGCUGCAGGUUUUGGUGCACAGGAGCCACGACUUGCUGCAGGACGAGAUCGCGCUCGCCGUCUACAACAUGGCGUCUGUCGACUUUGACGGCUUCUAUUCUGCCUUCCUGCCCGAGUUCCUCAGCAGCUGCCAUGGCGUGGACUCCAAUCAGCGCACGGUGUUGGGGCGCAACUUCAAGAUGGACCAGGACCUGCCUUCCUUCACCCAGAGUGUGCACAGGCUGGUGAACGACCUGCGGUACUACAGACUUUGCAACAGCAGUUUGCCACCUGGGACGGUGAAACUCUAGCGAC